GACACUUGUAGAACCUGAUUUUGAUUUUUGUGACCCAGAACUUGAUGAGAACGACGACAGCUCUUCGAGUUAUAGUAUAUUUGGUCCGACUGAGAGAAAAUUACGCAAAUCUUUUUUAAGGUCAAACACAAUUAGUAGUUGUCGACAUAUGGACAAAAACCCGGUGUCUAAAGAGGAAAGACAAGAUGAUAAGGAAACUUUAAAAUAUCAACGUUUCAAUUAUGAAUUGCAUAUGUUUAUUUGUACGCUAUCGAUCAGUUCAUAUAUUAUGGGUUACUUUGGAUUCGCUUUCAUAUGGGUCAUCCUUGUGUUAUACCAAUCCGUGGUCUGGUACAUGAACAUGAUUCAAGAUCAAACCGAGAGGGUUCGUUGGGAGGUUAAAAGGGAAAUGGCAUCGGAUCAGACAAGGGCGAGACGGUUGAAUGGCGAGUUGAAUUAUUUGCUUCAACAAAUAUGGAGAACAUUUGAUCCAUCAUUAUUGACUGGCUUGCGCGAUACGAUUGAGGAUACAAUGUCUCGCAGCUUACCAAAAUUUGUGAGCACAGCUUAUAUUGAAUCGUUUGAAAUUGGACUUAUAGCUCCACGCAUAGAAAAUAUAAAAAUCUUACCGAGACGCGAAAAUGAUGAUGACGAUGAUGUGGUGAUCGGCGAGGCAACUAUUUCCUUUCGCGCUAGAUCUUCAACCGGAACUCCUCAAGAUGCACCACCGCACAUUCUUGCGUGGAUUAAAACUGGGAUAUCGGCGAUUAUUCCAAUCAAAGUUGAAUUUAUUGGAUUUGUGGCCUCGAUUCAUUUUGAAAUAAAGAUUACUGGAUCGUCGCCAUUCGUUUCCACCGGAAAGUUUAGUUUUAUAAACUUUCCUACUUACGAGACGAGUAUUAUGCCUUUAAUUCCGAUGAACGUGGCUCAGUUCCCUAUCAUAAAACAAUUCAUACGUAACACUGUGCAUAUGGUGUUGGAAGGUUUCACAUAUCCAAAAUUUGUGACUGUAGACCUAGCAGAAUUGCUAACGGGAGAUGAUCUUUUACAUGACACUCAGGCUAUUGGUAUUGUUAAAGUUGAUGUGAUCCAAGCAAAGGAUUUGGCAAAAAUGGAUGUUUCGGGAGAUAACGAUCCGUACGUACUGAUGUCACUCGAUCCUUCACCAUACAUGCACCCAAACGUAUCAACCCGUGUCAUAGAAAAUUGUGCGAACCCAAUUUGGUCCGAAACAUUUUUCCACAAAAUACCAGAACUUGAUAUCGUUGAUGAACAUAUCAAAUUCAAAUUAAAAGUAAUGGAUUGGGAUCGGUUCACUCCUGAUGACCCUAUAGGAGCUGCUUGGAUUGAUAUCAAAGAUGCCAUCGGAGAUGGAAAGCAAAAAAGGAAAAUUUUCGAUGGAUGGGUAGAUCUUCAUUUGAAGCCCAAUGAUGGCGAAGUGCGUGGAAAAUUGCGUUUUCGGCUCACCUAUUAUCCUAAAUUGCCUAAUGGCGUUGAACCUUCCCCUGAUCAGUUAUCUGGAAUCCUUGGUCUUAAGAUUCACCAGGCCAUGAGCCUGCAAAUUACCGCUGCUCCAUAUAACAAAAGAUCCGAUGUAGUGAUGCCGGGUAAUCAUAGUAAUGCGCAGUAUCCAAAUCCGUAUGGGAUCGUAUAUUUGAAUGACCGUUGUGUAUAUCGGACGAGGACAAAGUUGAAUAACGUCGCGCCAUUCUGGAAUGCAUCGACCGAACAUUUUGUCCGCGAUUGGCAAACCGCCAUCGUUAGGGUGAUCAUUAAGGAUCACAAAGACCUUGAAUACGACCCAGUCAUCGGAAUGGUUACAAUACCGCUUAAGGAUCUUUUCGAAAAGAGGGAAAAGAAGAAGGUCACGAAGUGGUAUCCAUUACGUCACGGAGUUGGUUGUGGAAAAGUUCGGUUGAGCUUUUUAUACAAGCCUAUAUCUAUAAGAUUGAAACCUCAUGAAAGGGGAUUUUCUCGCCUAGAUUGCAAUAUGUUCUUGACCUUCACAUUGAGUGGAGCAGAGUUCGGAGAGACAACCGUUAUUUCAAAUUCAAAUCCACCGACCUGGCUUGACCCUUCCACCGGAGAACGUAUUCAGUUCGGAGUACUCAAACGCCACAGAACUGCCCUUAUUAUCAGCUUGAAACAACGAGGUCUACUUGGAAUAGUUUAUACUAUCGGAACCUCGACAUUCUGGCUAAGAAGGUUAAUUGAUUGCAACGAGACGGAAAUCACUAUACCAUUAAAAAGUGGGCGUAAAAGAAAUACUACUCAAAGUUCUACAUUGUCAUCUCUUUGUCAUUCGGAAACUACCAUCCGGUGCCCUGAUAAUGGUUCACAAGAAUAUAGACUGUCAGAACCACAUGAAGGAAACGCACCUGACGAUGCUCAAGGCAAACGAAACAUCUUGGGCAAUGGUGAUGCCGGGCAGACAACUUUCAACAUCUUUGAUGAUUCAAAAAUCAACCAUCCAAUCUUUUCUGAGCCCAUUGAGAUUGAUGAAAAUGAACAAGCUAGUUCAUCAUAUGCUACACUACAGGCCUCAAAUAAUGAGAACUUUAAAGUCAAAGGACAAGUCGAAGGAUACUUGCGAUUGAAGCUUUACUUCCGACCUGCACUAUCAAUCUCACAUGAGGAAGAUAUAAAGCGUAGUUUAACAGGGGUGAAUGCUAGCGUACUAUAUCAAAACCCGUUUGUUGACGUCCAUGGUGAUGAAGAUGGGAAUCUUGAAGUUGAGGAAAGAUGUAUUCCAAGUGGGGAAACCUACGAUGUUGAAGUUGACGAAAGAAGGAUAAAUAGAUUGCAUCGUAGGAGAACGAUGAGGCAAUUGCAAUGGGUCAAGGAUUUAGUAGGAACCAAGGUCACCGCAAUAUCUGGGAAAAGGGAUUGGGAGGAUGAAGAUAUCAUUGAGCAUGAAGUGUGA